AGUUUUUUAAACAUAUUUUUCAGUUGGAUAUUUAAAAUGUUGAUACUACGUUGAGAAACACUGUGAAAAUGGAAUCCUCAAGUUCUGUAGUUCCUGUGAAUCCCUACCGGCGGAUUCUCACAACAGGAAUAGGGGCUGCCGCGUUGAGUGCUGGAUUCAGAACAGUAUCUCGAUCUGCAGCAGAGACACUCACCGAAAUGGUCCUCAGUUUUCUUUCGGAGCUUGGAAGAAGUAGUAAGACUGCAUGUGAGCUUGCUGGGAGGACGGUCCCGGUGGCGAACGACGUGAUAUUUUCUUUGAUUGAAAUGGGAAUUUCGGUACCAGAUUUGAUCAGGUACUUCAAGACGAGUGCCAGUCAAGCCACGAACAAGAAAAAGUUUGUCGUCCCAACUCCAAGUUCGGUUCCUGUUCCUGUCCCUCCGGCCAUGUUGCAUGUGGAUGGGCCAACUGCUCCAGCGAAAAAGAAACGGCUGAGGUCGAACAUACCCGAUUAUUAUCCUGAUUUUCCGGAUCCUCACACGUACAUUUGGACUCCUACGUACAAGCAGCCGGUGACUGACUAUCUGACGAUAAGAGACAAAGCUGCGAACCAGAAGCGAGACGUUGAAAAAGCGCUUUGCCGAUUUAUUGCCAAAACCGAAUCGACAUCCAAUUUGUUCCUGGAGAGCGAUGACGGACCCACACUCCUUCCAGUCAUCUCGGUUGAGUCUGCUCCACUUCCAUACAUCCGUGCGAUGCUGUUCAAAGAUCAGUAUUUCAACGAAGAAAUUGACGAAGAAUCAGAGUUUGCAUCGAGUAAACCGAAGCGAAAGCGAAAAGCGGCAGCGAAUACGUCACGGAGCUUGAACACCUCGCUGUUGAGCGAUUGCGACGGGGACAAUGAGAAUGAUGAAAAUGGAACGUGUGCAUCCCCGUCUCCUGCAACACCGGCGAAAGAUGCAUCAGAAAACGCCGAGCAGGAUAUCGAAAACCCGUUUUUAAGAUCCCCGAAAUUGCCCCUCAAAUUCUCAUCACUGAAAUAUCUUUCAAGUGAAACGAAGGUGGUUUCUAAGUCUGCACAUUUCACCGAGAAUCAAGAAGUGCUCAGAGAGUCGAUUAUCGAUGCGAUGUCAUGCAUGUCUACGUGUCUCACCGGUGGAAUUUCUGUCGCCGAUGCAUUGAGGAACGGCUUUCUGAGGCGAACUCACGAACAAAAUGCUGAAGCAUUGCGAGUUCUUUGGGGUUUUUCUGUUGAGAAAAGGCCAUCUGCUAUAGAAGGAGGAGGACACGGCGUUUUCCUCACUGGGAAUCCAUGCGAAAGCGGCCACGUAGUUUGCUUGUAUCCUGGGACAAUUUAUCGACCUGGGGAGCCUAUUUUAAUCCAAAGCCUUGGGAAUUCCUUUGUGUUACGCUGCUGUGAUGGAGUCUUGAUCGAUGGUUCAGCCGGUUGGAUCUCGGCUGCAAUCUACAAAUCAUGUGUCGGUCGUGACAAAUAUGAUCUCUACCGUAAUUCCGCCGAUCUGAGCUGGCUUUCGUCUUUUCCUGAAGUUCCCUUCAAUAUUGGGCAGUACGUAAACAACGGCGGAAAAGACAAGUGCAAUGUAAUGUAUCAGGAGUUAGACGUGCAUCCAGGAUUGGAUUUUCCUCCGGAAUUCCUUCCAUUUCUCCCCAAUAUACCUUAUUCUGGAAGCAUUCCUCGACGCCUCGUUGCUUUGAUUGCCACGCGUGUUGUGUUUCCGGAGGAGGAGUUGUUAUCAUCGUACUUCACUGUUAUCAAAUCGAGCUGA